AUGAAGUUUCGGCGUUACCUCGAAGUCGCUGCAGUAGUGCUCUACUACGGAACUGCUUGUCUUGCCGUGAGUUCCAGUGACUCCUCCAAAUGGGGACUGGGAAACGGCUACCAAUUGGCUUGGUCUGGAUCAUCGAGUCAAAUUGUCAUUGUCCGGAAUGGCACUGAGAUUUGGUCAACAGCGCCGCGGCAGAACUUUCUAAGCGCAAGUUCAGGUCACGAUACCAUCGUCGGCGAAGGAGGCAACUUCAAGAUUACACCGAGCAAUCAACCGUCAUGCCGGGACAUGAAUGUGACGAAAUUGGAAUACCAAUACUGGGACAAUAGUCUGAUCUGUCACAGCGUUGCGGUAAAGGGCACUCUGGGGAACUGCGGCGCAUCCAUCGACGGAUCAAUUGGCGGCAGCUUUUCGGCAAACUUUUGGGUGCCAAAAGAUUUGCCCAAUCGAGUUGCUUUCCAGAUCGAUGUUACUUCAGAGAAUGGCAGCAAAAACGAACUAACCAGGGUUGUUGUCACAUUCAAGUCCAGCGCGGAUGAGGACUUCUACGGUCUCGGGGCACAAGCUUCUUUUGCUUCUCUCAAGAACCAGUCUAUUCCGAUCUUCUCUCGGGAGCAAGGCAUGGGCCGCGGGGAUGAACCUAACACUAUGAUUCAGAAUCUUGUUGGUUUCUUUGCAGGCGGAGACAAGUUUACCACUUACACAGCCCUACCGCAGUACAUCAGCACAAAGGCGAACGCUUUUUACCUCAGCAAGAACGCGACCAACUACGCCAACUUCGAUUUCACUCAUCCAGACCGCGUGUCCGUGAAAUAUGACGGGCUCAGUGUUUCGGGGCAGCUUCUUCAAGGAGAGAGCAUGCUGGAUGUCAUUGGCGCCGUUGCAGACUACACAGGCAAAAUGCGUCCUCUCCCCAAAUGGGUAGACGACGGCGCGGUUAUUGGUAUUCAAGGUGGAGAGACCAAGGUUGAGAAAGUUGUAAAGGAAGCCCGCGGCGCAGAUUGCCCUGUUGUUGGUGUUUGGCUGCAGGAUUGGACUGGCACACGGCUGCAAUCGACUCCUACAGGCAUUAACAUUUCUAGGUUAUGGUGGAAUUGGGAAUCUGACACGCAGCUGUAUCCAGACUGGCCAAAGUUUGUGCAGCGCCUUCAAGACCAAUACUCGCUACGGACAUUGUCAUACAUUAAUCCGUUUGUGGCGGACGUCAGCUCGAAGCCCGACGGAUAUAGAAGAAAUUUAUUCGAGGAAGCAGGCCGUGGAAAGUACAUGAUCUUGAACAAGACUACUGGCGCGACAUCUGUAGUUGCCAGCGGACCUGGUAUCGAGGCAGGCAUUCUGGACUUGACAAACGACAAGGCCCGAAGCUGGUUCUCUAGCAUCCUCGCCACUCAAGUAUGGAAUGCCAAUAUUUCAGGGUACAUGUGUGAUUUUGGAGAGUAUACUCCAGUAACUUCGGAUACGGGGCUGAGCAACUGGUCGUCAAGUGCUCGGGCAUAUCACAAUGUAUACCCCCGGCAGUGGGCAGAUCUGCAGCAAGACUUCAUUCGAGGAUUGUCUUCUAGCCGAGCAGAUGACGCUGUCAUAUUCCAUCGAUCGGUCUCGAUGGGUUCCAUCACCUCUAUGAAUCUGUUUUGGGCAGGUGAUCAGGGAAUAUCCUGGGAUCGUAACGACGGCAUCAAAUCAGUCGUCACGAUUCUUGGCCACAUGGGCAUCUCAGGCUACGCCCACUCGCAUUCAGACAUUGGCGGCUACACGUCAACAUUCGUAAUCCCCAACGCUCAGAACCCCCAAGGUGCCAUCGGCCGCACAGAGGAGUUACUCGGCAGAUGGGGCGAGCUGGGCGCCGUGUCGAGCGCCGUCUUCCGAACACACGAAGGCAACAUUCCUCAGAUCAACGCGCAAUCAUACACGAAUUCGUCAACCCUGCGAUGGUUCUCUUACAACGCUAGACUCUUCAAGGCCCUGGCACCGUACCGUAGAUACGUGUUGGACAAUGAGUCGGCCGUCAAGGGUUGGCCGCUACUUCGCCUCCCCGUGCUUUUGCACCCAGAUGAUCGGCGUGCGCGACAGAUUGGGUAUGAGAGCUUUUACCUCGGAUCAAGCCUAUACGUGGCACCUGUUGUUGAUGCCGGUGUCUCCAAAUUGCAGGUAUACCUGCCAGGGUCAUCGAGCACAUCGUACACUCAUGUUUGGUCUGAUGCGACUUAUCGGGGAGGCUCUACUGUCACGGUUGAGGCACCCUUUGGCAAGCCCGCCAUUUUCUUGGUUAAUCAUACGACGAGACCUGAAUUGAAUAGCUUGAUGGAUUUUGUCAGAGAGGAGAGAAACACAACCAUCACGAUCGGUUAG